GGCACCGAACGGCGUCCUCUGCGUGGAGCUGCAGGCGGAUCAUCCUCGCUGCAAGCCGUGGCUACAAAACACUCGGCGCACCCCCCCCCCACCACCCCCUGAACAACAUGCCAGAGCAAUGAUAUAGAGCGCAGUUUUGAGCAUGGCAGAAAGAAAAGGAAAAGCAGCUCCUCCAGUCAAGACGCUCACCAAGAAAGAACAAGAAGAUCUUAAGAAAAAGGAAGAAGAGAAAGCCGCCGAAGUUUUUGAGGAAUUCCUGGCGUCAUUCGAGGCCAGUGAAAAAAGUAAUGUGAAAACUUUUGUCCGUGGAGGCAUCGUGAAUGCAACUAAAGAGGAGAAAGAAGCAGAGCUCAAGAAGAGCAAACUGUACCGACCUUCUACCAAGCUGGUGCCCCAGCAUGCCUCGCCGGUGUCCUCUGCAGAGAGCAAAAAGGCUACGUUCAAAAGAAAAGCCGAAGAAAAGAAGAAGAGUAACCUCGAACUCUUCAAGGAGGAACUAAAGCUAAUCCAAGAAGAGCGUGAGGAAAGACACAAGCGGAAGAGGAAUGACCCCAGCGGAGGAGCAGGAUUCGUGUUUUACGACGACCCCACAGUGCCAACCUCCACCAACCUCUACAUCAGCUGCAUCAGCCCAAAGAUGAAUGAGGAGAUGCUCUGUAAAGAGUUUUGCCGGUACGGGCCUUUGGCCAGCGUGAAGAUCAUGUGGCCGCGGACGGACGAGGAGCGCUGCAGGACCUCCAACAGAGCCUUUGUGGCCUUCAUGACACGGAAAGAUGCGGAGAGAGCUCUGGCCGCACUCGACGGUAAAGUCAUCAUGGGGUUUGAAAUGAAGCUGGGUUGGGGCAAACCGGCUCGCAUCCCCCCGCAGCCCCUGUACACUCCGGUGGGGCUGAGAACCACGCCGCCGCCGCCGUCCGGCCUGCCUUUCAACGCUCAGCCCAGAGAUCGCUUCCGCAACGACUUCACCAAGCCGCUGGGCCUGUCCAAAACCGAGUUCGACAAGACUCUGUCCGAAGCUGUAGUGAAAGUGGUUAUCCCAACGGAAAGGAAUCUGCUAUGCCUUAUUCACCGGAUGAUCGAGUUUGUGGUGCGCGAAGGUCCCGUGUUCGAAGCCAUGAUCAUGAGCAAAGAGAAAAACAAUCCCGAUUACAGGUUCCUUUUUGAAAACAAAAGCCAGCACCAUGUGUACUAUCGCUGGAAGCUGUUCUCAAUCCUCCAGGGAGAGUCCCCGACGGAGUGGAGGACGUCGGACUUCCGCAUGUUCCGAGGGGGCUCGGUGUGGAGGCCCCCCAGCCUGAACAGCUACUCGGAGAGAGCCGACGACGGGGCGGAGGGGGAGGACGGCGUCUCCGCCGAGGAGGAGGUGAAGAAAGGCCAGCUCAGAUCCGAGCACAAGCAGAGGCUGGAGACGCUGCUCAAAGAUCUCACUCCGAGCCGAGAGGAGAUCGCCAACGCCAUGCUGUUCUGUCUGGACCGAGCCGACGCCGCGGAGGAAGUCGUGGGCCACAUCACCGACUCCUUCUCCUUACUCCAGACGCCUCUUCAAAAGAAGAUUGCUCGAUUGUAUCUGGUGUCGGACAUCCUGCACAACUCCUGUGCCAAAGUCGCCGGAGCAUCUUAUUAUCGGAAAUAUUUUGAGACCAAGCUCACGCAAAUAUUCAGAGACCUUAACGCAGCGCACAAAAACAUCCAAGCCCGGCUGCAGGCCGAGCAGUUUAAGCAAAAGGUAAUGAUGUGUUUUCGAGCCUGGGAGGACUGGGCCAUCUACCCCGAGCCUUAUCUCAUCCACCUCCAGAAUAUCUUUCUGGGCUUCGCUAAAGCCGGAGAGGAGAUAAUAGAGACGGCAAAGGAAGCACCCUGUGAUCUUGACGGCGCUCCGCUGGACAACACGCCUCUCGAUGGUUUACCUUUCGACGCCGGCACAGCAGACGACCUUGACGGCUGUCCUCUGGGCUGGGACCCCCUGGACGGCGCGCCCGUCGACGACAUCGACGGCGUUCCUUUGGGGGCCGCCUCUGACGAUAUCGACGGACUGCCAUUAGAUGAGAGCAGAGCUGCUCUCUCCAGAGUGCCUUUGUCCAAGUGGGAGAUGACGGGAGACAGCGGGACGUUUCCUCAAGCCAAAACUGACUCUAAGUGGGACAAUGUGGCGGAGCCAGAGAGCGAGGACGAGGUGAACGUCAGCGGGAACUCGCAGGACGGAGACGAGGGCUCAGACAGCGACAGCAGCACCGAGUCUUGCAGUUCAUCAAACUAUGACAGCGCCGUUUUCCAGAGCUCGCUCAGAAGUUUCCAGAUGUCUGAGAGCAAAAGGAAAAAGCUGAGAGAGCUGGAGGUGAGGGUCAUGAAGAUCCAGGAUGAGCUGGAAUCUGGGAAAAGGCCGAGGAAGUCUGGGAUGAGCAUCCAGCAGCAGGUGGAGCACUACAGAAACAAGCUGCUUCAGAAGGAGUUCCAAAAAGAUGAAGAAAAGACGAAGCGGUCGGCAUCAAAAUCCAAAGACCGAUCAAAGGACGACAGAAAAAACAAAGACAGGAGCAGAAGAAAUGAAGAAGGGGGCAGAAAACGCAGCGGCGAACGUGGAGAUCAAGCCCGGAAAUCGCGCAGCAUCUCCCCGUUAAAGACAAGGUCUCCCAAAUGGUCCAAACGCUCCAGAUCGCCGUCUCCAGUCCAGAAGAAAUCCAGGUCACGAUCGCCGCAUCGCUCCCACAGGAAGGCGAAGAAGAGCAAACACUGACUCCGGGGCCGCAAUGUGCUGCUGGUGACAAUGAACUACACAAAGCACCUCCGCAGAGCUUCUGAACAGAUCGACAUGUCCGUACCCCCCCCCCCCCCCCCCCCCCCCCCCCGGCUCCCGACCCCCGGUAUCCACGCAAGAUUCAGCACUCUUUUUUGUAUGAAGACGUUCGAACACUGUAACUAGUUAUAUAUAUUUUUGUUGUUUUUGAGAUGAUGACCGCAAAUGUUGCUGCAAGGUUCUGACACUAAAUAAAUCACACAUGUGAAGAACUUGCAUGUUAGGAGCAAGCUUUUUUUUUUUCCCUGUUUCGUUAAAUUGCUUCCUAAAAGCUGAAAACUGGAUUUCAACAUAUGAACUUUGUGUAGAUUUUUCUGUUUUUGUUUUUUUUUUUAAUUGAGGAAAGUAAUAGAGCAUCAAUUUGUUUACAAAAGCAGUAAGUAUGCAAUGUUACACAGAAAAUGUACAGUAUUAUAAUGAAUGUGCUUUCAUUGAACAAAGACAUGUAUCAAAAGUAUUUAAGAGCAGUACUGUUUCUGAGAACAACAAAAAAAAAAUAAUUAAGAUACCCAGCGCUACUAAUUAGUAACCGUAUACACAUUUCCUGAACUGUAGGUUUACUAUUAUCUGCAAAAACGCUUUAUUCUCAAGGAAAGCUUGACUACC